AUGUCAUCGACAGAAAUUGCCGUGUCACCAACAAAGAAAACGACCAAGAAAAGCGUAAGUAACGGUGUGACAAAUGGAUGUAAUUUGAUGGAUAACAGCGAGUGUAGCAAUAGCGAUAACGAUGAUGAAUCAACGGACCAGCAAACGUUAAUUACUAAUCUUAGCGAGACUAACAAAGACUGUCACGCAGAUGUGUGUAUGGAACCGCUUCUUAUUCAAGAUUGUUCUGUUGAGUGUCCAACUAAUCCAAUUAAUGAAACUAAUCAAGUGUUAAGUGACAAUAGUCCUAGUAAAGAUUUGGUCAAUACAGUUAAGUCCUGUGAAGAAGAAGAUGACGGUGAAGGGCAGGAAAGUGAAGAAACAACACCCACAGCUGAUGGUGGAGAUGGAGGGGGAUUCAUGAAAGCAAACAUGAGUCUGAACUUAAACGAUGACAAGAACAUGCCAAAAAAUAAAAAGUUUUUAGAAUCGUCUGACGAUCAAAUCAUAAAUCAAAUCUUCUUCUCCACCAUCACAGUAACGCCCACGACCGAUGAUGAUAUGUUAGAUAGUAAAUUUUUAAGCAGUGAUAACACGCCACUAACACCUAGCGAAAUCGAUCCAGAACUUUUGGUAGGACCUGUCGACUUCUUUAACCAGAAAAUCGAUGAAGACGAAACAUUCGACACGACAUUCACUGACACAGCUGAGAAUUAUCAUGAGAAUGAUGACGGAAAUUUAUGUUCGUUGAAUGACAAUUUUAAUGAAAAUUAUUGUUCGUUUUCUUCAAUUGACUAUAACACGAAUGCACCACUGCAACAGGAAUCUCCCGAAAAUCCCAAUGAUUUACUUCAACCAGACAAUUUCCUUGGAGAUUAUGCAGAAAUUAUGCGACAACAACGUCCAUCAAUCGUCAUUGAUUGUUAUGAUUCGGACUCAAAUAGCAAAACUGAUGAAGAUAAUGUUGUCGUUGGUGAAGCAAAAAUCAAUGACUAUUGUUUCUAUUUUGAUCAGACAAUUGAAGAAGACGAUGACGAUGCUUGCUAUUUAAACGGUGUCAGUGAUGAAAUUUUAGAAGAGCUUCCAUCGCAUGAGAAAGUUUCAGUGGAUGGUGAAACGAUUGAAAACUUUCCAACAGAUGAAAAUGAAUCUUCAUCAAUUACUUCUUCGAAGGCGGAAAGCUUUGAAACCUCUUUUAGUAAUGGAUCAGUGGAAGUUGUUGAGCAGCGGCAAACUGUUAAACAAGCAUCUUUAACAAGCAACAAGUCGAUUGAUAGCGCGUCAUCAGGAAAGAAUGUCGUUGAAUCCAUUAAAGAUUCACCUGAACAUUCACCACAUGAAAAUGGCGAGAAGAAGAAAGUCAAUGGAAAAAAGAAAUCGAAGAAGUCAAAGAAAUCUGAUUCGGAAAAGGAAAACAUCUCAGUGGUGAGUCGUUACUUUAAUUCACAAGGCACAUUGUCAGUUCCACCAACCCUUCCAACACCCUUUUCAAUAAUUUAA